UGCAGAGAGACCCUGGAGCACCAGCCCCAACAUGACCCUCUGCGGCCGACCAUCCAGCCCAACCCUUACCCUCAUGCUCCUGGCCUUGCUCCUGGGCGGCCCCACGCUGGCCUCAGAGAUUGUAGGUGGCCGGCCAGCCAGGGCCCAUGCAUGGCCCUUCAUGGUGUCACUGCAGCGUCGUGGCGGUCACUUCUGCGGUGCCACUCUGAUUGCCAGGAACUUUGUCAUGUCCGCGGCCCACUGCGUGAAUGGCCUGAACUUCAGGUCAGUACAGGUGGUGCUGGGAGCCCACAACCUUCAGCGACAGGAGCGCACACGACAGACAUUUGGUGUCAGGAGGAUCUUCGAGAUGGGCUUCGACCCCACCCGUCUCCUCAACGACAUUGUGAUUGUCCAGCUCAAUGGCUCAGCCACUAUCAACACCAAUGUGCAAGUGGCCCAGCUGCCAGCCCAGGGCCAUGGCGUGGGUAACGGAACGAAAUGUCUGGCCAUGGGCUGGGGCAGGCUGGGCACGAACCGACAGCCACCCAGAGUGCUCCAUGAACUCAAUGUGACUGUGGUGACUAACCUUUGCCGCCGCCGUGUGAAUGUGUGCACACUUGUGCCUCACCGGCAAGCUGGCAUCUGCUUCGGAGACUCUGGAGGACCCUUGGUCUGCAACGGGAUUGUCCAGGGCAUCGACUCCUUCAUCCGAGGAGGCUGUGGUUCUGGCUUCUAUCCGGAUGCCUUUGCUCCUGUGGCUGAGUUUGCAGACUGGAUCAAUUCCAUUAUCCGUGGCCCUAGCUACCUCCCUCGUCCCUACCCAAGGGUCCCCGCUGGCAGGAGCCCCUAGAACAGGCUUUGUUUGGCCAUCCACUUCAGCUGCCCCCCUUCAGGCACAAUAAA